AUGGACUUCAUCCAAAUUCUAAUCCUCUCUUCUCUCUUUCUUUUCAUCUCAGCCAGAUUCUUGCUCACAAGAUCCAAACGGAAACUGAACCUUCCGCCGUCUCCGGCGAUCUCUUUGCCGUUGAUCGGUCACCUCCACCUACUCAAGCCACCGCUCCACAGAACAUUCCUUUCCCUCUCCCAAUCCAUCGGAAAUGCUCCGAUCUUCCAUCUCCGCCUCGGAAACCGCCUUAUCUAUGUUAUCUCCUCACCUGCCAUCGUCGAGGAAUGUUUCACCACGAACGACGUCGUUCUUGCGGACCGUCCCAAGUUCAUCGUGAGCAAGCUCGUCGGCUACAACGCCACCCACUUAAUCUCAGCAUCUUACGGCGAUCACUGGAGGAAUCUCCGCCGCAUCGCCGCCGUCGAGAUCUUCUCGACUCAAAGACUUAAUUCGUUUUUGUAUAUCCGUAAAGACGAGAUCCGACGACUCAUCUCACGUCUUUCCCGAGACUCCUUACACGGAUUUGUGGAGGUGGAGAUGAAAUCAUUGUUAACCGAUUUGGCAUCCAACAACGUCAUCAGAAUGGUGGCCGGUAAGCGUUUCUACGGCGAGGACAACGACGAGUCUAAACUCGUGAGGCAGCUUGUGUCGGAGGCGGUGACCAGCGCCGGUGCUGGAAACCCAGCUGACUAUCUUCCGAUCUUGCGUUGGGUCACGAACUUUGAAAAACGAAUCAAGAAUUUGGGGAAUCGGUUCGAUGCGUUUUUGCAGAGACUGGUAGAUGAGAAACGUGCAGAGAAAGAAAAAGGUCAAACUUUGAUCGAUCGCUUGCUUUCUCUCCAAGAAAGCCAACCAGAUUACUAUAACGAUGUCCUCAUCAAAGGAAUCAUACUCACUCUGAUAAUUGCUGGGACAGAUACGUCAUCGGUGACGAUAGAAUGGGCAAUGUCUAAUUUGGUAAACCAUCCAGAAAUACUUAAGAAGGCGAGAAUCGAAAUCGAUGAGAAAAUCGGUUUAGACCGGUUAGUAGACGAACCGGACAUUGCGAAUCUUCCUUAUCUCCAAAACAUUGUGAGGGAAACACUACGUUUGUAUCCUGCGGUUCCGUUACUACUGCCUCAUUUGUCAUCGGAAGAUUGUAAAGUGGGAGGCUAUGAUGUGCCAAGUGGAACUAUCGUAUUGGUCAAUGCAUGGGCUAUGCAUAGAGAUCCAAAGCUAUGGGAGGAUCCGGAGAUGUUCAAGCCAGAAAGAUUCGAGAGAGAAGGAGAGGCUGAGAAGCUACUGCCAUUUGGGAUGGGACGAAGAGCUUGUCCUGGAGCUGGACUUGCUCAACGGUUCGUGAGCUUGGCUCUCGGGUCUUUGGUUCAGUGUUUCGAGUGGGAAAGAGUUGGUGAGGAACUUGUGGACAUGAGGGAAGACAAAGGAGCCACGUUGCCUAAAGCAUUGCCCUUGCGAGCCAUGUGUAGAACACGCUCCAUUGUUGAUAAACUGAUGUAA